AUGUUAAAACGACUUCGCAACAUUUUUGGUGCAACGACCAACGAUGAUAAACUCAAAAAGAAAAAGUAUGCAUCAAUAUUGAAUGAACGUUCACCAUUGCAAGAAUGGAAUUUAGUGAAAGAAUUAGGGGAUGGUGCAUUCGGAAAAGUUUAUCAAGCUUAUAGUGAAAAACUAAAACAGUAUGCGGCUGCUAAAGUCAUUGACGAAUGUCCAGACGACGAAUUAAUGGAACACGUAGUAGAAAUUGAUAUACUGUACGAUUGUCAACAUGAGAAUAUCAUUAAAUUCUAUGAUGCUUAUUAUCAUGAACAAAAACUGUAUAUAUUUUUGGAAUACUGUUAUUUCGGGGCAGUUGAUCACAUCAUGACAACGUUGGAUCAUGCUUUGAAUGAACAACAAAUUCGAUUUAUUGCGCAUGAAUUGAUUGAAGCGUUACACUAUUUACAUCAUAUUAAAUUUGUUAUUCAUCGUGAUAUAAAAGCAUCCAAUAUUCUAUUAACAGAACGUGGAGAAGUAAAACUAGCCGACUAUGGAGUAUCGGUUAAAAAUUCGAGUUUGAAUGAAACAAGAAAUGAGUACAUAGGAACGGUUUACUGGAUGAGUCCGGAAGUAUUUUUUUGUGAAGCGAAUACGGAUAAUAGAUACGAUUAUCGUGUUGAUAUUUGGUCAUUUGCUAUUACACUGAUUGAAAUGGCUGAAAUGGAUCCACCAUAUCAUGAGAUGAAAGCUGAACGUGUUGGAGCUAAAAUUCGUCAAGGUGAACCGCCGACAUUGAGUGAAAUAAAAAAAUGGACUAGCGAAUUUUCAAACAUACUGUCAUGUUGUCUGAAACGUGAUCCAAAUCAGCGUUUAACAACAACAGAAUUGAAACAACAUCCAUUUAUCAUCAAUUCAACAAAAAAUCAGCCAAUAUUAUACUUAUUAGAAGAAUAUAAAGCUGUGCCAAUCGUUGUUGUCGUUGAAGAAGAUGUUGUUAUCGACAAUAAAACAAAUCCACAACCAGUAUCCUCGAAAUUACCGCUAAAUGAAAUUACUAAUGAUCGUCGAUCAUCAACAACAUCGAUCAUUGAAGGUUUAAAACAAUUUAAAAUUCCAAGUGAUGCUCUAGUGGAUGCUGAAGAGGAUGAGGAUGAUCUGAACGAUGAUGAAGAGAUAGGGGCUGAUUUAGCCACAGCUAUCGAUGGUGAUCAGAAUGCAAAUGAUAAUGAAAAUAGUGGUGGCAUUAUACUCACCAAAAUACGAAGAUUAUCAAGUAUCGAAGCAAUUCCAACUAUAGAGAUAAAACAAGAGGAAGAGGAAAAAGAAAAGGAGCUACUGAACGUAACGACACAACCCAUCACAUCGAAUGCAUCAACAAAGCCACCUACAGUUUCUACGUCCGUUCCUUUGACGAAGUCCAAUAGUGUAAAUAAUACUUCAGUCAUUCCUGUUGCACCUCCAUUACCAUCGUGCCUCGAAUCUCAAUCGACAGAGUUAGAUACAACAUCAGCUCAAGAUAACAGUGAUUAUGAUCAACAUUACUCUAAUUUAAAACAAGGAUCUGUGGUCAUUACCACAUUGUUUCCAUCCAAACAAACAUCGCCAUCUGAGACAACAGAUAACUUUUCAAAAACUUCUUCGCAGCCAACCAUUAAUAAAUUGCCAGUAUCGAUCGUGCAACAGACAGAAACGCUACCAAACUUAACAACUGUUACACCUUCAUCACCUUCCAAAACUAAACAACCUGAUACGCUGUUCUCAGCAUCCAGUGACAGAAAUUCAUCAGUUGAUCUCACAUCAGUAUAUAUAAAUGGUAACGAACAUCAGCAAUUACCACGAAUUGAAGUUGGACGAUUAAAUAUAGAAGAUGUUAUAUCAUCCGAUCAAGAAUUAGAUGAUAUUUGUCGAACAUAUGUUAACAGUUUAAUUGAAGAAGUUAUACAAUCAGAUUUUGAAAAACCGUCUUUACCAGAGGUUAUUCUCGCCGUAAUUACCGAUUUAACCAACGACGAAACAGAUGUUGACCUUUCUCAUAACCCAGCAAUCUCAACGCUUGUUGCUUCCAUUUAUCAAAUGCCACCACCAUCUUCCACUCUAGCAGCAUUUAACGAUCAACGACGUAGCCGUUCAAUUGAUAUUUUGCAUUCACAGUCACAACCACAAACACAGCCAGCACAUUUUGAAAACAACGCCGGUAAUAACAACCAUAAUUCUGUGUAUAAUUUUAGUACUAUAACAUGUAAAGCACGAAGUGUCUCACCAGCAACAUUACGUCAAUUAGCAUUAUCUCAGCCACAAAAUGGAGGUGCGAAUGGUGGUCUUGAUUAUUAUAAUAUGGUACAUCAAGCAGUGAAUAAUAACGGAAUUGAUAGACAUGACUCAGUGAAGAGUACAAGUUCAAAUCAAAGCCAAGAGUCAUCAGAUGCAACAACUUAUCUUCAGGCAAGAGCUACACGUAGACGAACAAUUCGGACAACAAGAAGAUUUGUUGUCGACGGAAAAGAAGAAGAAAUUGUUACAACAAAAAUAGUUGAACCACACAAUGAUUAUGCAAGGCGAUUAACAGAACGAAAAGAAGCAAAUCGUGAAUUUCGUCGUCUGUAUCAUUUGGAAGAAAAACGUCGACAACAAUUACUCACACGUCAUGAAUAUGAAAUUGAAGAACAAAAACAAGACUUUCGACGUAAACGGGAAGAUUUAUGUAAAAAAUAUGAGUUUGAAUUACAAACAAUGGAGCAAAAACAGAAAGUAGAAAUUGAACGAGAAUCGUUAUUAUUAACAAAUGAAUAUAAUAAAAAAAUAAAAACACUUAAAUUAGAUAAUGAAAAAGAUCUGAAACAGUUUCGUGAACAGCUGAAAGAACAAUUGAAACAAAUCAAACGUGAUUAUGAAACGACAUCAUUGACACAACAACCAUCGCAUCAUCAUAACACAUAUAACGGAACGAUGAGUACGAACGUGAUCGGUCAUUCGAAUGUUGGUCAAUCGUUAACAAUGAAAGAUCGCAAAGAUCAAAUGAAACGUUAUCUAACUGAAAAAGAAGAUGAAUUAUAUACGAAAGAAAAACAUUAUCAAGAUAAUCAACAGACACAACUUGAACAACAACUAAAAACAAUUGAAAAUUAUCAUAAACAACGUAUUCAAACGUUAGAACGUCAAUUUUUAAUUGAAAGACAAAAUUUAUCAAAAACAAGAGAACAAGCAUUAUGGGAAAUAGAUGAGGUUGAAUUACGUUCAAGAUAUGAUUUAUUGAGAAAACAGACAAAAGCAUUUUAUUCACUUAUUCGUACAAUGUUAAAUCAACAAGCUGAAAAAGAAUUACAGCAAUUUGAUGAACAAGCUCGAUUUGAACGUGAUAAUUUAGAACAAUCAAUAAAUGAAGAUAAACGAGAAUGGCCAAGAAUGUGGAAAAAAAUGCAAAAAACAAGAAUGAAACAAUUUAAACAACAAUUAUUAAUUAAGAAAACAUCUGCUGAAGAUGAAAAAGUUUUAUUAAAACAAUUUGAAAAUGAUGAAAAUGAGAAACGACGUUUAGAUGAAGAACGUUUAAAAGAGAAACAUCGACAUUCAAUACAAACUUUAACUGUUAAACAUCAAAAUGCACGAAAUGAACUUCUUGUUGUACAGAAACUUGAACAAUGUGCUGAAUUUGAAACAAGAAAAUUACAAGAACUACAAUCAACAUUUGAAUGCGAUUGGGUCGAAUUUCGUAAUACACAGAAAACACGAAAAUCGUCUUCCAUGGGUGGUGAUAAUGUUCAAAACAUUUUAAAUACAAUAUCUGUAUUUGAUUUUCAUUUAAACAAAUUAAGUAAAAUUCAACCGGGUCAAUAUCGUUAUUCAUCUUCUUCUAUUAUCUCGAAUAACGAUAUUCCUAAUAAAUAUUACCACCGAAAAUUUUCCCCAUUAUUAGUCACUGAAUUAGAAGAGAAAUUUGUGCGUGAAAAUGCCAAACAACGUGAUUUUUAUUGUGACACACCAUCAUCUACAUUUACAUCUGUGAGUUAA